AUGACAAUACGAUUGUUAUCAUUACUUCCUGCACUCUUUUUCAUAACACCCUCACUUUCAGUCGACGUGCCCUCGCAAUGUUAUGAUCACCCGAAUCCGCUGGAUCGAACUCUGAAGGUACCAGUAAGAUGUCCCAUGAUAGAUCACCUCGUAGAAGAAAACCUUUUGGUACUACAAAGCAUGUUUGUGGUGAAUGUUACGUGCAGUAUAGGCAACCGCACCCUGUGCGCAAAAGUUGAGAAUGCUUUUAAGGCCGCAGGAGAAAUCAUUUCGUCGACCUUGACGUUGAGCACACCAAUAAAUGUGAAUGCCGUUUUCGUGGAUUUUUCAUCUGGUGGAAAGAAGGGAUCACUAAAUAAACAAAUGUCAAUCUUUUUCUACAAAGGAGGUGCCUCUCCGGCGCGCUCGAUCUUACUGCAAGACGAUGACGGUCUUGCGAGAUUGUAUCCGCAAGCAUUAGUCAAACAGUUUCGAUUUAAAAGGCAUCCCGAGUUCUAUGAGUUUGACAUCACGGCUCUUUUCAACGCAGCGGCAACAAACCUUUGGUUCGAUGGGGAUCCGCCUAUUAAGAGUGAACAACAAGAUUUUUCAUAUGUUGUUCUACACGAAUACAUACACGGCCUGGGACUUCAUUCCAGUUUCAAUGAUCAUUUAAAUAGCGAACCGACGGCCAUAACCCCGAACAUAUACGCAUCUGUAAAUCUUAUCGACUCAUCGUUGAGAUUUAAUGGAUUCGUGGAAAUGGCUUUUGACAAAUACAUGAUACACCUGCCAACCGGAAAAAGAAUUUCCUCCGUCAUCACCAACAAGCUAAAUCAAUUCGUUGGUAGAACUGGGACAAUCUUUCCUAACAAGUACAAUUUCUCUUUGGAAUUUAAAUCCUCACCACAAUACACAUUUGCCCUGAACAUGAUGGAAUAUGCUGUCACACCCAAUUCGUUAGGGUUCCUACCGCAAGGGGCGAACAAGUCUAGUGAAGUGAUCGUCCUGGAGACUAGUCUGAUACCAUACAAACAAGGCUCCAGCAUCAAUCACGUGGAUUACAAAACCUACAACAAGGCACCGGAUUUCCUAAUGAAGUAUUUGGCCGAUCGUGGAGCCAACAUAACAGCCCUGGCGGCGGCCCGUGGAACCUCGGGACUUCUGAUUGGUCCUAAAUUAAAGUUAUUGCUUGAAACUUUGGGCUAUAAGAGCCCUGACAAUCCCAACCCAUACAGACCGGGCGUCGAUGUGACGUCAAAUUCGUAUAAUAACAGCGGUGCGUCGAUACUGUUGGACACCGUGAAUGCAUCAAGUUCAUCAGCACGUACGCAAUUUGGAGCUGGCAAUACGGCAUUCUUAUUUACCGGUGCCUUCAUCAUACUGCAACUCAUCAAAUUCUACACAUUUAACAUGGUUCUCCCGCCUAUCACCAUUCCAACAUUCUUGCAACCAAUCAUCCAAGCGUGGACCGUUUGGUUUACCACCACCUUCAUUUCGAUUCCCGCUGCCACCUUUUUCAUGAUAUGGGAUAUCCCAAAGUCGGUUGCCAGUCUAUUCCGCGAGAGACCCAAGGUCGUUCUUAUUACUGGUGCAAGUUCCGGCAUCGGCGCAAAAUUUGCUGAGGAAUAUGCAAAGCUUCCUGGUGUCACUUUGGGACUCUUGGCCAGAAGUGAAGAACGUUUGGGAAUGGUUGCGGAUAGUUGCCGUAAGAAGGGAGCGACCGUUGAGACGCUAGCCUGUGAUAUCACGCGAACCGAUAUUUUAGUUGAUACCAUUGAAGAAUUUUGCAACAGGCAUUCGGUCGAUUUAUUGAUAGCCAAUGCCGCUCAAGCUGGUCUUAAAUAUGAUAGCGACACAGAUCGCUGGGAGGACAUGUGGGAAAGAAUCUUUGAGGUCAACCUCAACGGGACCAUUGCCACCGUCAUGACUGUUUUCAAGAAUAUGAAAGACAACAAGAAAGGUCAAAUUGCAAUUACCUCAUCAAUUGUCGGUCACUUUAGCGUACCACAGAUGAUCUACUACAAUACCACCAAAUCCGCGUUGAUCUCAUUUGCUCGCGACCUCCGUUACCUAGCCUCGUGUAACAACGUCAAGGUCUCGGUAAUCUCGCCGGGUUUAAUAGACACGCCCAUGGCUACCGAUCCGGGUCAACCGACAAGCAUGUUUAGAUUUUUGUCCUCUUCACCUCGAAACCUUGCCGUGAUUGCGAAAUUGCAACUUUACGAAAAUUGGUUCGAAAUUACUUGGCCAUUCUUGGAGGUGCUGCCUGUCUACUCAGCCCAAACAUUACCACCAAGAGUUUUAGAAGCCGUCACGUGUGUGGUUGGACGUUUUUGGGGACUCGUCACUGGAUCCAAUGGCGAUGCCAUUUCCUAA